GAUCCAUAGCUGUCUUGAAAGUUGUUCAUUAAUUAAGAUGGAAACUAUUACUUUGAAUACAAAAGCUAAAAUGCCCAUGAUAGGCUUGGGAACUUACUUGAAUCCUGGAAAAGAAGUUAAGGAAGCCGUGAAAGCGGCACUUUCUCUCGGCUACCACCAUAUAGAUACCGCCGCAGUAUACAAUAACGAAAAAGAAAUUGGUGAAGUCCUCCAGGAGUUUUUCAAAUCCAAUAGCAUAAAGAGAGAGGAACUCUUUAUUACAUCAAAGCUAGACUGUAAAGAUCACGGUUACAAGGAAGCUCUUUCCGCUUAUAACCAGAGUUUAUCCAAUUUGCAGAUAAGCUAUUUGGAUCUUUAUCUAAUACACUGGCCAGGCGUAGAGCGGCUCUCUCCUAAUGAUGAGCAAAAUGCGUCCCUACGAAAGGAGUCCUGGAAAGCUUUAGAAGAACUCUAUCAAUCUGGAAGAGUAAAAGCUAUCGGAGUGUCUAAUUAUGAAAUAAAGCAUCUUAAAGAGCUUCUUGAAGACUGCAAAGUAAAGCCGGCAGUCAACCAGGUAGAGUGCCAUCCCCUCUGCUAUCCUUCCGAGUUAAUCAAGUUUUGCAAAGAUAACGAUAUCGUUUUUGAGUCCUAUUCUCCUCUGGGAACAGGAAAACUCCUUAACGAUCCCAAAGUUUUGAAUAUCGCCGAGAAACACAAAAAAAAAGCGUCUCAAGUUUUAAUCCGCUGGGCAUUCCAACAUAACCUUCCGACUGUUCCAAAGUCAAAGACGCCUGAGCGGAUCAGAGAUAAUAUUAAUAUUUUUGAUUUCCAGCUGGAACAGGAGGAUAUGGAGACGUUGAACUCAAUGAACCAAAACCGCCACUUCUGCUGGAAUCCAGAAAAAGUCAAGUAGAAAAGCACUUCUCAUUGAAAAUGGCCGAGAUAGGCCUUUUUAAUUAAACUUUUAGAAUAAAAG